AUGGAGCGCGAGCUGGAGGAGCUGGUGGCGCGGCCCGCGCGCCCGGCAGAGCCGCCCUUCCAGGCGCUGGUGGAGGCGGCGGGCGGCCGCGGGCAGGUGCUGCUGGUGGGCGAGCUGUGGGAGCGCGAGCAGAGCCGCGCGCUGCUGCGGGACUUCGCCCGGGCAGUGUUCCCGCCCGAGCAAGCGGCGGGCAAGCCGGGCAGCGCGGGGGCUGGGACACCAGGGGUCGGGGCACCGGAGUCGCAGAGGGCGCCCGGGACGGCGGGGGCGCGCGCCAUCCGCUCGCCGCUUGUCUUCGUGCUGUGCCGCGCGUCCUCGCUGACCGCCCGGGAGCCGCGGCGCCGCCUGCGGGAGAUGCUGCGGGACGUGCGCGGCCGCCGGCGGGCCGGGACGGCGCUGGUCGGGGUGCUGGUGGCUGAGGCCGGGCCCGAGGACACGGUGGCGCCGGGGUUGCGGCUCCUGGAAGCGCUGCUGCGCACAGUGUUCGGCCGCCAGGCGGGGGGCCCAGUGCAGGCGGCCGCCUAUUGCCCCGGCCACCCGGCCUCCAGCGUGGCCGUCCAGGCAGCCGCCUGCAGGGCGCUACAAGCAGCCGGGUCCUCGCGACCAGUCUCAGGACCCUGGGAGAGACCGAGCCUCCCAGCACUGCUGGCGUGCUUUUCCUGGGGUCCCUGGAGCCGGGGGAAGGAUCCAGAUGCCACCUCCCCCAGUGACCCAGCUCAGGAUCACCUCCAGGACACUGAGGAGGAGCUGGCCCUGACAGCCAUAUGUCCCAACGGAGACUGUGAGGACCCCAGGAAGGGGUCGAGAGCCUGUGACGGACUUGUCCCUGCUCCUGCUGACCCCGCUGUAGACUCAAGAUGA